CUUUUCCAAUGGGAGCCUCCAUUCCCAUCUUCCAUCUCCCACCUCCAUAUUCUCUCAAUAUUCCCUCGUGACCCAACCUCACCUUCGCUUCUUCGACUUCUUAUUGAUCGCGAAAACGAUCGGUUAUUCAGCUUUACACGUUCAUUUUGCUGCAAGACGCGCCUUGCAUGGCCCUCAUAUAAUGAUUGGCUCCAGUCUCGCAGUGUAAUCCUUUUGCGCUCUCUGUAGUUUGCCUCCUGUGCAAGCUAGUUAGUCCAUGGAGCGAAAGCGCAAACUGCCCGCGCGGGCUGCCGCUCGAGGCGAAAAUGCUGCCAAAAAGCGCAAUGUUACACCUCGAGAGCGAUCUGCGACGCCUGCUGCCCCCCCGCCAGCUCCAGAGCCAGAACCAGCUCCGGAACCUGAAGAACCUCCCCCGCCUCCAUUGCCCAAAUCGAUUCAAGCUGGCAAACCUCUCCCAACGGUAGAAGUCGCGCAGCCAGAAGAACUGUCGUCAAAGGAGUAUCAGUCGGUUGGUGAAAGUGGUGUACUUGCCGAAUCACUCUUCCGAUCCCGUCACAAAUGGAUCAGCGAAGGCUUGUUUGCAAAGUAUUGGACGAAACCCCAUAAGCGCAAAGGUGUUCUCAAUGAAGAUCCUAAAAACCCGGCCAAGGAUACCAUGUCAAAGGUGGGCACCGUAACGAUUACGAUUGAGCCUCAUAUAAUCGAAGCCACGAUGUACGUGGUGAAGGACCCGAAACCGAAAACUCAGCCCGUACCACAGCAGCAACCACAGCACCGUCCGAUCCUUCAGUAUGGUCCUCCAAAUGGUUCGAUGCCUCCACCAGUGGCGCCUCCAGCAUCGGCAGCUGGCACCCCGGCACAGAAUAGGGUGGCGGCAGCGAAAUCUAUACCACAAAGUCCAUCACAGGGCCCAGCUCAAAGUCCGGCUCAAUCAUCUCAAACCCUUCCCAGGACAUCUCAAGGCCAGAUUGCUACUUCAACGACAGCCGCGGUGAACACUGCGACACCAUCCCCGAGUCCAAGCUUACAGCCAAGACCACAAGUUGGAGGGCCUGUAGCACCAUCUCCAACACUAUCAAUCUCACAAGCGACUCCCAACAUUUCCGCCCCAGUGGCACAUAUGUCAGCUUCAGGGCCAACCGUAGCACCAGCAGCAUCCACUAGGCCGAUAACAGCUCCUCUAAUGUCUCCAGCCCCCCGACCGCCUCCAAAUGCUCAUCCGCCUGCGAGUGGCCUCGCCAAACCUGCUCCAGCUCCAAUUCCUAGCCCAGCUCCAGGUGUCCCUGCUUCAGGUGCUGCCCCUGCUGCGAAACCGUCGGCUAACGAUCCCGUGAUUGCUUUAUUGGCACAGAAGGCUUCGGGAGAUGCAGAGCUGCGGGACCUCAUGAAGAGAGUGGCCGUGGGGCAAGCAAAAGAGGGUGAACUAGCUCACUUUCAGAAGAUCAUAGAUCAACUUAAUGCCGAAUAUCGAAGUAGAGGGGGGCAGCAAGGGCCAUCGGCAGAUCGUCUUCUUGUCGAUGGCCGUACAGUGCAAUAUUUUGCUACGGAAGUCAGGACUAUUCUUGAUAUUGUCUUGGCCUCUAACCCCAACCAGAAGUCGUCCGAGCUGCGGCCACCACAAGGCAGUGAUCCGCUUGUCGUUCUAUUGGUCAAGACUGCCCUAGAGGACCAGAGGACACGGGAUAUGAUUCGAAGGAUUGCGGAAAACCGACCCGGCUUUACUGAUGCUACAGAUCUCAAGGAUAUCUUAGAUCGGCUGCAUCGCGAUAUGAAGACCGCACCGAGAGCUUCCCCUGCCCCUGUACAAAUCCGCCAGCAAACCCCGAACAGCAUACCGAAUGGACAACAAAAGGCACUCCAUAAUGGACCUCCACCUAACCCACAAGCUCUUAGAUCAAAGGGGCCACCACCUGUGCCCAAACCAGACAUUACUGCUGUUGUUUUUGACUUUGGAAGCGGUGACCGAUAUCUGUUUCCCAAAUUCAGUAUUUUGGAAUAUCUGCCAACUGCGACUGGCCAACAAGUUGUGGCCUCAUUUCUCAUUGUUCGCAAGGGAAGCACAUCUGAAUACGGAGGCGACCCAAAGCUAGACUACUACCAACCCGUCACGAUACGUCUCUUCACACCAUCUGGUCGCCAUCUGGAGAAUCUCGCACGAGUGGUCGCUCCCCAAGAUGAGGUCAGGCGCUAUAUGGACGAUGUCAUGGAUCAUAUGACCCGCGCCGAAUAUGUUCUCCUGGCAAUGAGGCUCCCGAAAGCCAGUUCGGACGGAGAGAAAGACGGUGCGGCCUCGGAGGAACCCAGGACAAACGGCUCGACACCAAAGCCUGACUCGGCGAUAGAGCCGAAGCCCGCCGCGAAGGUUGGCGUUCUUUGGACGUCCAAAGGCAAUUCUGAAACUCCACCAGUAGAAGGACGGCUGUCAAAGCCAGCUCGAUAUGCUGAGCAGGAGGCUGAAGCUAAGUACCAGCGCUUGAUCAGUCAAGUGUCUGCAAAGGACAACGAGGCCUAAGCAUGUAUUGAGUUCUGAAAGCCUCUUUCACUACGAGUUGCACAAACUGUUUCAUAAUUUGGUGUGCUUACAAUGGAGUUUGGCAUUCUGUUUUGGCGAAGUUAGGAGUGUUGGCAGGAAUAUUUUUCGCGGGAUGGAUAGGCGCUACUUGCAUAUAAGUUAUCUAGAUUAUCUUGAACCAAAGAAGAGAAAGAUUUGUCGGCGGAAUCUCAACCUCUUAAAACUGCCCGGCGAAUUAUCAUCAUUGGGGACUUGUAUUUGCUCACUGGUUUGAUCCCAUACCGCUCAUAAUCUCCACGGGGCAAUCACUGGGUUUCUGUGUAUUAUCCAUGGUGUGUAGAUGAACCUCUGGGCUCC